AUGGCUACAACUCGACUAUCAUCUGAUCGCUCCGAUAUAGAGCAGGUUGCCCAAGAAAAGAACUCGGUCUCACACGAUGAGUUCAAGCGAAAUAGCGGCAUGAAUCCUGAAGAUGCUGAGUUCCUUGCCAAUUUCCCGGACGAUAAAAAGAAGAAGGCAGUUAGGAAGGUUGAUUUUCGACUUGUCCCUAUGCUCGUUCUGCUAUACCUGAUGGCCUACCUUGACAAGACCAAUAUCGGCAACGCAAAGAUCGAGGGCCUGCUAGACAGCCUCAACAUGACGGGCGUCGAAUACAACAUUGCUUUGUCUGUCUUCUUCAUCCCCUUUGUCUUGGCUGAAGUGCCAAGCAACAUGGUCCUACACAUGUUCAAAAGACCUUCUCUUUACAUUGGAGGAAUUGUUACAUGUUGGGGCAUUGUCAUGACUUGCAAUGGCGUUGUCCAAAGCUAUGGUGGUCUGAUUGCUGUCAGGAUCUUUCUUGGGCUUUUCGAAGCCGGCUUUCUCCCUGGCGCCAUCCUCAUUAUUUCCAAAUGGUAUCUCCCCAACGAGACACAAACUCGAAUCGCCAUUCUAUACACAUCUGCCGCAUCGGGUGGUGCCUUCUCUGGUCUCCUUGCAUUCGCCAUUGCCAAGAUGCACGGUGUCGGCGGAUAUGAAGGUUGGAGAUGGAUUUUUAUAAUUGAAGGUUUGGCAACAGUCAUCAUCGGCAUCAUGUGUUUCUUCUUCCUAGUUGACUCUCCGUCAUUGUCGAAGUGGCUUGAGCCUGAGGAGAUUCGCUUUCUUGAAUUGCGUCAACAAGCGAGGCGAGUCGUGCGACCUGACGAGUUCCGAGACUCUCAUUUUGAUAAGCAUGCAUUUCUGUCAGUCUUGACUGAUUGGAAGAUAUACCUCUUGAUCUUCGCCAACUGGUCAAACGCCGUGCCCAACUAUGCAAUGAAGUUUACCAUGCCUCAAAUCAUCAAGAAUAUGGGUUACACUUCCGCCACUGCUCAGCUCCUGACAAUCCCCCCAUAUGCCGUCGGCGCAGUGUCCGCGUAUCUCUUCUCCGUCUUUGCCGAUCGUUAUUCUUGGCGUAUGCCUUUCAUCGUUGGGCCGCAAUUGCUAUUGGUUGUUGCCUUUAGCAUUCUCUUCACCAAGAGCGAUGACAUCAAGAACAACAUCGCGCUCAAUUACUUUGCGGUUUGCUUGGCUUGUUUUGGCAUGUACCCAAUUCUCCCCGGAGUCAACGCCUGGAACGUAGCAAAUACACCGAGUCCCACAAAGCGAGCUAUCAGUAUCGGCUUCCUCGUCUGCGUUGGCAAUAUUGGUGGGCUUAUUGGCAGCUAUAUUUACUUGGACAAGGAGGCGCCGAGGUAUCCAACUGGCUUUGGUACUUCGUUCGGGUUUGCCUCUGCUGGAAUCAUCGCUGCCAUUAGUCUGGAAAUCUUGUUGCAUAGGCGUAAUAAGAAGAAGGAACUACUGAGCGAGGAUGAAGUUAGACAGAGGUAUUCGGAUGAGGAGCUUGACCGCAUGGGGGAGAAGAGUCCUCUAUUCAAGUAUGCUCUAUAG